GAAGGGCCGUUGUUGCCGCUACCCGGGCCGGGCGUGCGCAGCCGUCCUUCCUGCGGGAGCGGGGCCUGCCCGGAGCCAACCCCGCCCCACCGCCCCGCUUUCGAUUCUCCGCGGGAGCCCCUCCCCCGCACCGCGGCCGCCGGGACCCGAGGGCUGAAUGGCCGGCGCAGGUGCGCGGAGCGAGACACCUGGGGGGCCGGGAACACCUGGGGGGCCGGGGCCGCCGGAGCGCGAGGACGCAAGCGGCUGGCGCUGCCCGGAGCAUGGCGACCGCGUGGCCGAGCUCUACUGUCGCCGCUGCCGCCGUUGCGUGUGCGCGCUCUGCCCGGUGCUGGGCGCGCACCGCGGCCACCCGGUCGGCCUGGCGCUGGAAGAGGCGGUGCACGUGCAGAAACUCAUCCAAGAAUGUUUAAAGCAACUGGAAACCAAGAAGCAGCAGAAUGUUAGCAACAUAACCCACAUAGAAGACACUGCCGAGAAGCUCAAGGCUCAUGCAGAGUCAAGUAAAACCUGGCUGACGGGAAAAUUCACUGAACUGAGACUGCUACUUGACGAAGAGGAAGCGCUGGCCAAGAAAUUUAUCGAUAAAAACACGCAGCUCACUCUCCAGGCAUACAGGGAGCAUAUCGAAUCUUGCAAAGAGCAAAUAGAUGGCAUGCACAGCCUCUCCACCAGGGUCUGGAGGAUCAGCCAGGAGCCCGACCCCAUACAGCUGCUGCAGGAGUACCGGGCCGCCGAGCAGGAGAUGCAGCGGCAGACGAGCCUGGGAGAAGUGUGCUACCCCACACCCCUCUCCUUUGAGCCCGUCAAGAGCUUCUUCCAGGGCUUUGUGGACGCCAUGCAGAGCUUGUUACAGACGCCACUGGACACUCGCCUUAAAGAGAACACGAACUGCCAACUCUCAGGCUCCUCGAGCACCAAACUAGCUUCCUUGUUGAAAACAAGCCCCUCACCAGAGCGAUCACUCUUCUUAAAAUAUGCACGCACACCCACCCUGGAGCCGGACACGAUGCACGCGCGCCUGCGCCUCUCUGCCGACCGCCUGACGGUGCGCUGCGGCCUCAUGGGCCGCCUGGGACCCACGCCCGCGCUGCGCUUUGAUAAACUGUGGCAGGUGCUGGGUCGCGACUGCUACGCCGCGGGCCGCCACUACUGGGAAGUGGACGUGCAGGAGGCGGGCGUCGGCUGGUGGGUGGGCGUGGCCUACGCCUCCCUGCGGCGCUGCGGGGCCUCGGCCUCCGCGCGCCUCGGCUGCAACCGUCAGUCCUGGUGCCUCAAGCGCUACGACCUCGAGUACUGGGCCUUCCACGACGGCCAGCGCAGCCGCCUGCGGCCCCGCGACGACCCCGACCGGCUGGGCGUCUUCCUGGAUUACGAGGCCGGCAUCCUCUCCUUCUACGAUGUGUCAGGCGGCAUGAGCCACCUGCACACCUUCCGAGCCGCUUUCCAGGAGCCACUUUACCCGGCGCUGCGGCUCUGGGAAGGGGCCAUAAGCAUCUCCCGGCUGCCCUAGGGGCCACAGCACGAGUGACCGUCCUAGGCUUUCCACUGCUCUGGUCUCACCUGAGCUGAUGUGGCUCGUCUCGGUCAGCUGCCCAAGCAUCCCCGUCUUCCCCACCAGUCAUGCCCUGUGCUUUGAAAAGGCUCCUUUCCCAGGCAAGUUUUCAAACAGGUCCUAAAGGCCCCUCUUCUGCCGGGGCACUCUCAAGGGGCCUCUCCACCACCACCAGAGCACUUACAUGACACCACUUUUAGUACAGGUGCUGACCCCAAGUGAGUCCUAAGCAUCCCGACCCUGUUAGAAGACUCAUUUGAUCCUCUGGCCUCUCCCUCACAGAGUAGUCAGCAAUGCCUGGUACUUGGUAGGCGCACAAGAAAUGUGUGAAUGAAUGAGAGCCAUCCAGCCCCUUCUCCCUAAAGUCCUUUUGAUCUGCCUCUUCCUCUCCACUCUGCUUCAGCUUGUCCGUGUCACUUCUCUUCAGGGUAGCCGCACUUCACGCCUCGGGGCUGGAACCCCCUCCCAUUCUCAUCCUCCACUGUACAGCCAGAGUGCCAGGCCUAAAACUUCAUUUAACCUCUUAGAACUACCAGAAGGUUCCCAAGGACCGCAGGGAGAAAAAGCAGGCACUUUACCUUAGCAUUCAAGGCUUUUCUAGUCUGCCCUCAAACUCCCCAUGCUCAGCUAGCUUCUACCGCUCUUUUCAGAGACCCUCUGGCACCUUUGCCCUUUGCCUGUCUGAGCCUUCCCCUGGCUUAACUGUCCCAGGAAGUCUCCCCAAACCACAAGAAUCUCUCUUACUCUGAGAGCCACAAACCUGGGACCCUGCUUUCCCACUAGGUGGGAAGCUCUCCAAGGGUAGCUAUGUCCCAUCCCCUCGCCACCCUGAAAAGUUCAGGGUGUCCCUUUCCCUCCCAGACAAUGACCAGCAGCCGGCUACCACUGAAGCAAAGAGCAGCUGAGCUGAGAAGUCCUCAUGAAUCACCCAGCCUAACCUCACUGUACAUUUGGGAGAGACUCAGGUCCUGAAAGAAAGUUCCUCAGAGCCCUCCAGCCCCAAGGCAAGUGUUUUACUUGCCCCCUGUCCCAGCUCUUCAGGCCCAGCUUUCAAUGUGGGAGAUUUUACUGCUUAUUCAUUCCUCAAGGGAUGUUGGGAAGAAUCAGCAGGCAACCGUUGCUUAGCAACCACAGGCCAUUUCCCCAACUGCCUUGGAACUUAAAGAGGAGGAGCUAAGAGUAAGGUCUGGAUAGGCCCAGACAUCCCCAUGCUCCUCCAAUCCCGCAGUUGCAGGUGCUGCCAAGAACCCAGAGAACCCCAUUUUCCGUUAAGAAGGCAAACAAAUAGAGAAGGCCAAACCAGGAGGACCUCAAGGGCCAGCUCCUCUAACAGGAAGGGGAAGGCCUCUUUUUUGGGUCUGUGCCUUGGUUCUGAAGAUGUAGCAUCAUUUGUCAAACUCCUCAGAUGGUUUUGGAAUCAUACUGUGUCAAAGUAACUUAGGUGCUCAGCCAGAGGGCGGUGGCAGGGUGAGGAAGAUGCGAAGCUGAAACCCACUCGUGCUCUUGGCAUUCGUUAGUUUGAACCACAAAAAAACGCCAAUUUCCAACAAUUUUCUAAAAAUGCCACUUUCAUACAGGGCAAUGUAAUACAAGUGGAAAUCAAGGCAGAAGGAACCCUAAGAGUGCCUUUGGUUGUAACCAAAUCACUUAAAACUUUAGCUGGAGAGACAGCACAGCGUCUAGGCACCCUGCUCCGGGAACGCUAAAAAAAGGGGAAUUAAUUCUACUGGAGAUGGCCCCGAGCUGAAUUCUGACAGGGCAUUCCCGACAGAAGAUGAAGGACGCUCCUAACCCUACAAGCUUGUUCAUCCCUAUGCACACAGACCUACUUCCAGACCCGUGGGGGGCGGGCCCAGGUAGUAACAGCACCUGCUGUUUUGCCAGGCACAGUUCUAAUGCUUUACAACUAUUAACUCAUUUGAUCCUGACAUUAUUCCUAGGAGGUACGAAGUUAUACCAGUUCUAUGCAGGGCAAAACUGAGAUCCGGAAUGAAUAUCUUGCUCAAGGUCACACAGCUGGUGGCGGAGCUGGGGUCGUGCUCACGUCCCGCAGGCCGGACUGCUCCGGCGAAUACAGCUGGUCCCUGGCGGGUGCCUGCUCACUCCUGUUUUGCCUGUGAUGCUUUGCUCUAGCCUCCUAAGUCUGCCUCUGGAUAACGUUCCUCGGGCUGAGAUGAGGUCCUGUAUCCAGAGAGGAACUUGAGUUUGGAAUGCAUGAUCAGAGACAGAGCUGGACUAUACAGGACAAAAACUGGCUUUGAUCCAGUGCUGACUCUGUAUCAAGACCUGUGCUGCCAGAAAGCGGCAGUUUCAGUGCACAGUCAUGUGACCUUGGGCUAGUCACUUCACCUCUCAGAGAACCAUCUGUAAAAUGGGGGCAGUGACCCUGCCUUCUAGUAUUGGCCAAUGGCUAUGAACUUGCUUUAAAAACCAUCCAGUACUGUACCAUGCCAGGACCCACAAGCCUUCCCAGCGGCCAUCCUGCGGUAGCAGGAACCUCCUUGAAUAUUCUCCAUACAGGACCAAAAUUUCCCUUGGGGUCCAUGAUUAGAAGAUCACUGACCUAAUUCUCCUUCAGAUUUAUACUUACAGAAAUUUCUUAAUACAGCAAACUGCUUGCAGAUAUAUUUUUAAAUGACAUUAAUUUUAUAGUCUAUGAUUUAAUAAAUAUUAACACUGUAACCUUU